CCUGCAGUUUUCAAGGAGGAUCAAAUGUUUCAAUCCUGCUAGUUUUAAGAAUCGUAACGGAAUAGAAAAAGUUUUUAUAAACUGUUCUUAACUAAUUGCAAAUUUACAAUCAACACGCUUUCGAUCUACAAAUCAUAUCAACAUUGAAACAGCCGAGGAUCUGUAUGUCAAAUUGUUCGAGGGUAGUCUCGCUCAGUGUAACACAGCCCUAACCAAAAUUUUCAUCACUCAUCACACACGCACGAAACUUGUAAGCCGAAUUUCGUCAACACGCAUCGCAUGAAGAAUUGCGAAGAUUGUGUAAUAAAGUGUAUUAUGGUUUAAGGUAACUUAUCGAAGCUUGGUAAAGCUAGUGAGAGUUUGCAUGAGUGCGGUAUAGUGCAUAGAAAUCCAAUCACCGAUCGCAGUAAAAUGGCAUAUCGUGUACUGACGACAGCCAAAAAGCUAGAAUCCGUGCUUGUCGGACUGAACAGACCGCACCGCACCGUGAAUGGACCGGACUGUGAACAGAUUAUUCGCAGCCUAAGCUACCUGCAGUCCGAAAGCAACAAAACUUGGAACGAAUUCAUCCACCGUAUACAAGUGUUCUGUGAAAAGCCACCAAAAGGGUUCGAGAAGUACUACAAACCGCCCGGUGCCGGCGGUGGCCAACAGAAGCAAACUAGCAAAGCUGGUGAAAGCACAAGUAGCGGUAAAGAUGGCAACGCAGCUGAACAGCCCAGUUCAUCCCAGUCCACUGCGUCACCGCCGGACGCAUCGCCUCGAAAGAGCGAUUGGAAUUUGGGCAUGUUUACACCCCAACCGGCUCGGGGUAAGGGUGGUUCCAGUGGUGGCGGCGGUUCUGGUCGCCCCAUUGGUGGGGGCGAAGAUGGCGAUAAGGAAAAAAUGCUGAUCUUUGGUGCGUUGGCUGGUAUAGCAUUGAUAUCGGCCAUUGCGUACUUCGAGAUGGGCUACAAGGAAAUAGCGUGGAAGGAAUUUGUGAACAACUACCUCGCCCGUGGCAUCGUCGAUAAGUUGGAAGUGGUUAACAAGAAAUGGGUGCGCGUUAAGCUUACACCUGGCAAUGCUACAGAUUCAUCGGGCAUUCUGUGGUUUAACAUUGGCAGCGUGGAUUCGUUCGAGCGCAACCUAGAGAAUGUACAAACCGACAUGAACAUCGAGCCAGUAAAUUUUGUACCGGUAAUCUAUCGGAGCGAGCUGGAAGCAUCCAGCCUGACGGGUCUUUUGCCGACUCUACUCAUUAUCGGAUUUCUCGUGUACAUGAUGCGUCGUUCGUCGGAAAUGAUGGGAGGUGGUCGCGGAGGACGCCGUGGUGGUGGUUUAUUCGGUGGCGUCAUGCAAUCGACCGCUAAGCUAAUCAAUGCUAAUGAAAUCAACGUCGGUUUCAAGGAUGUAGCAGGAUGCGAGGAGGCCAAGAUCGAAAUUAUGGAGUUUGUGAAUUUUCUCAAAAACCCGCAACAAUACAUCGAUCUCGGAGCAAAAAUUCCCAAAGGCGCCAUGUUAACGGGCCCGCCAGGUACGGGCAAAACGUUGCUCGCAAAGGCAACUGCCGGUGAAGCAAACGUACCCUUCAUUACCGUGUCCGGUUCGGAGUUUUUGGAAAUGUUUGUUGGUGUAGGACCGUCGCGUGUACGCGAUAUGUUUGCAAUGGCACGCAAAAACGCACCGUGCAUUCUAUUCAUCGACGAAAUCGAUGCCGUUGGACGAAAGCGUGGUGGCAAAAGCUUCGGCGGGCAUUCGGAGCAAGAAAAUACCCUUAACCAACUGUUGGUGGAGAUGGAUGGAUUUAACACUACAACCAAUGUGGUAGUGCUGGCCGCGACGAACCGUGUGGACAUCCUCGACAAGGCGCUAUUACGACCGGGACGCUUCGAUCGUCAGAUCUACGUGCCAGCGCCAGACAUUAAGGGUCGUGCCUCUAUUUUCAAAGUGCAUUUGGGACCGCUCAAGACGGACUUGGACAAGACGGAUCUAGCGCGUAAGAUGGCUGCCCUAACGCCAGGCUUUACUGGCGCAGAUAUAGCGAACGUGUGUAACGAAGCGGCCCUUAUUGCGGCCCGCGAUCUAAAUGAAUCGAUUAUCAUGAAGCACUUCGAACAAGCGAUAGAACGAGUGAUUGCUGGCAUGGAGAAGAAAACGAACGUUUUGUCACCGGAGGAAAAGCGUACGGUUGCGUAUCACGAGGCAGGACAUGCUGUUUGUGGGUGGUUCCUGGAGCACUCCGAUCCACUGUUGAAGGUAUCGAUUAUUCCACGCGGUAAGGGUCUCGGUUAUGCGCAGUAUCUACCGAAAGAUCAGUACCUGCUAACGACGGAACAGCUGUACGAUCGAAUGUGCAUGACGUUGGGCGGCCGUGUGUCGGAAGAAAUAUUCUUCCAGCGCAUUACGACCGGAGCGCAGGACGAUCUGAAGAAAAUUACAGACAGUGCGUACGCCCAGAUUACACGAUUCGGCAUGAACAAGAAGGUUGGCAACGUAAGCUUCGACAGUUCGCAGCCCGGCGAUCCAAUGUUUACGAAACCCUACUCAGAACAGACGGCACAAAUUAUCGACGAAGAGGUGCGUGCCCUAAUUGAUCGGGCGUACGUGCGAACGAAAGAGCUGCUAACGAAGCAUAGGGCCGACGUGGAGAAGGUGGCAGAACGGUUACUAAAGAACGAGAUCCUUAGCCGUGACGACAUGAUCGAGCUGCUCGGCAAGCGCCCAUUCCCGGAGAAGUCGACGUACGAGGAGUUCGUGGAGGGUACGGGUUCGUUCGAGGAGGACACUACGCUACCGGAUGGCUUGGCCAGCUGGAACAAAGAAAAGGCACAGGAAAAGGAUGCUAGUGCGAAGGGUGGCGAUCACGAUAGCAAACUGAAGGCGUAGAUUAAUGAUGUUAUUAGUUGAACAAGCAAAAAGUUAUUGUAUGUGUGUUCUGCAAUUGCCAGGAACGGGAAUAAAAUCUUCGCGACCCACAAGGGGUGCGCAUCCAC